AGGUGAAAGGUCACGCUGCUAUUUGGCGGCCAUUUCUCUGGAAGCUACGCGGCUGGGGCCCUGCUGUGGCUACUCCAGUCACGAGGGUCGGACGACAGCUGGGUCGGCGGCGAGUAGCCUGCAGCAUUUGCCCACUACUGCAGCAGUAGUCGCGAUGAGUUUGCCCCUCAAUCCCAAACCUUUCCUCAAUGGAUUAACAGGAAAGCCAGUAAUGGUGAAGCUUAAGUGGGGAAUGGAGUACAAAGGCUACCUGGUGUCUGUAGAUGGCUAUAUGAACAUGCAGCUUGCAAACACAGAAGAAUACAUAGAUGGAGCAUUAUCUGGACAUCUGGGUGAAGUUUUAAUAAGGUGUAAUAAUGUCCUUUAUAUCAGGGGUGUUGAAGAAGAAGAAGAAGAUGGGGAAAUGAGAGAAUAGCAUCUUUCGGGGGGAAUUUUUUUUAUAUAUAUUUGUAGACAAUAAAGAUUUGUUUGUUUUUCAA